GAGCUUUCGCCUGAAAAUCUAUUUAAGCAACAUGCAACGUUAAAGCUGUAAAAUUUUUUUCGCCCGCCCCGCAGCAUCCGUUUGCAAUUAGAACAAAAAAGGUUACAUUUAAAAUUAUUAAAAAACGUGUCGAUUGGCUUCUGGUGAAAAACGACUCAGGGUUUUCACCUAGAAUAUCCUUCACAACCCUGCCAGCAGUCGAGUGUUUUGUGCGCCGGAGCAAAGCUUCCUUGAAUUCCGUCGCUUCGAGUCGCGUAGAGAGCAUUACGGAUGCGAAUCCGAGUGGCGACAAAAGUGGGCAUCAAACGGAGCCAAAUUACGGUAGUGAAAAAAUUGUGGGGUGCCGCUAAAUUUUGUGCAAUUAUAGUUGACGAAUCAAAGGAUCUGUAGUGCGGCGACUGAAAAUUACGACCCAUCCAGUUUCGUCCUGUGCAGCGGAAAUGAUGUGUAUGUGUGCGGGCUUUACAUAAUGGAACAAUUCAAAUGAAGGACACGGCGGCAGAAAUUACAGCGCGAUGGCGCCCGUCACCCGCAGCAGCAGUGGCACUGGCACUGGCACAAUAAUAGUCCUUGAGAGCAGCGCCGCCCGAUGAAGGAUUGCAGCAUGGCCCGCACAGGCACAUGCACAUUCGCAUUCGAGUUAACGUUCACAGGCACUGGCAGCAUAAAUAACGCAAGGACAUGGACGGCGCAACGAACGCGACGAGGACAAAGGCCCACGGCCUGUGACAGAAAUAAACGCCACCAUCUACUCGCCCUCGCCAAAAGCUAACCGACUAAAACGCAAGCCCAAUCAAAGCAAACCAAACCCAAACACAAACACAAACGCCCGCCCCACUUACACACACACACACACGCACACACACCCCGAGUGAUAUUAUUUUUAAUGCAAUCAAAGUGCUAAGUGAGUUUGCCAAAAAGCAGAGAGAGAGACUACAAAAACUAAAGCAAACCGAGAGUGAGAGUCGCCGUCAUCGCCAGGUCUUAACCCAAUUUGGGAACUUUGUCCUUUGAGAGCGAUUCGCAGACCCCAGAAAGGACGAGCAGGACGAAGCCGAGAAACCCAUAUGGACGACGGCAGGUGCAGCCCGGUUAGCCAGGUGAGCAGCCAGGAAAAGCCCUGCAAACUGUACCGCAAAAGGAGGCGACGCCAGUGAACCAACGAUCCACCACCCAAUACUCGCCUAAAUGAAGAAUGAAGAAACAAAAUGUGCGCACGAUAUCCUUGAUCGUGUGUACAUUUACCUACUUGCUUGUCGGCGCCGCCGUCUUUGACGCCCUCGAAUCGGAAACGGAAAAGCGUCGUUGGGAGGCGCUGCAAGAUGCCGAGGACAUGAUAAUACGCAAAUACAACAUCUCGCAGGAGGACUUUAAAGUCAUGGAGACUGUGGUGCUCAAAUCGGAAUCGCACAAGGCCGGCCAGCAGUGGAAAUUCACCGGUGCAUUUUAUUAUGCAACCACGGUGCUAACCACAAUAGGCUACGGACAUUCAACGCCCAGCACGGUGGGUGGGAAGCUCUUCACAAUGUGCUACGCCAUCGUGGGGAUUCCCCUGGGCCUCGUUAUGUUCCAGAGCAUCGGAGAAAGAGUGAAUAGACUGAGCAGCUAUGUUAUCAAAGCGGUCCGCUCCUCGCUGCGCUGCAAAAGGACCGUCGCCUCGGAAGUGGACCUUAUAUGUGUUGUGACCACACUCAGUUCGCUGACGAUAGCCGGCGGUGCUGCGGCCUUUUCGAAAUUUGAGGGCUGGAGCUACUUCGAUUCAGUAUAUUACUGUUUUAUUACUUUAACCACAAUAGGCUUUGGCGACAUGGUAGCCCUGCAGCGGGACAAUGCACUGAACCGGAAGCCCGAAUACGUGAUGUUCGCACUGAUAUUUAUACUAUUCGGUCUGGCCAUCGUGGCCGCCUCGCUGAAUUUGUUAGUACUUAGGUUUGUUACAAUGAAUACCGAGGAUGAGCGACGCGACGAGGCCCAGGCCAUGCAGUUUAUGUCCAAGUCCAGUUUAUGGACCAACGAGGCGCUGCAAGUGGCUGUGAAGCUGGAGGGCGAUGUGAUAACAUCCAAUGGAUCCAUUCUCAGCGGCUACGAGGGACACGAUGGCCAAUCUCUGAACGGAAGCACCAACUCGUCCAUGUGCUCGUGCCACUGCAUGUGUCUCAAUGGAAACCGACACAAAAAAAGUAAAAGCUUGGGAAAGAACAACGAUGCAGAAAAUCAAUACAAAUUGAGGCGAUCGCCCACUCACAUCCGACACCUGCUGCCGGAGGUGGUGCCCAUGCAGGAUUUGAACUACGACUACGACACCCAGAGCCUGCACACUUUGGCCGAUCGCGGUACCAUGGAUAGCAGCUAUAUGGGCGUGGACAUGGUGGACAUGGCGGAUACGGCGAGCAUCGAGCUGCGGCCGCACACAUUGCUGAAGCGCAAUGUCUCACUGCUCUCCAUUCGCAUCUAGGAACUGUGGGGGGGGGGGCGAGGCUAUAUUAAAUAUUGGUGGAGGCUUAGCGGGUUGCAGGCACAACGAAGUGGCAGAACCGCCCUCGCCAAAAACGACUUACAAAUCGAAAGUGAUAACAAGGCUCUAAAUAGUACUUAAAUACUUAUAUAGAUUCGCUAACUGACACGUAGGACACGAUUGAGUUGGGCGUUUGGAUAAUGUGCCAUUUAUGUAGGCUCCCCGAUAUGCUAUGAGUGUGCAUUUACAAUGUGAACUAGGGCAUAGAUCUAUACAACACGUAGUGGGCAUGGUAGCGACUAAUCCUAUAUGUUUACAUAUGUACACCACUUACAACUAGGGCACUAUACAAUUGAAUGUCAACCACUGCCAUUUCCGAGCGAUAGAACUUAGAAGCGAUGCGCAAGAUUAUGGAACGGCAACACUCACUUGUAGUCUUUCUAUUUUAACACUAACAUCCAGUCUUCAGUAGCCCUAAAUAUUCAGAAUCCGAUAAACUCGAGCCAAAAUCAACCAUAGUAUUACUACGUUUAUACGCCAGAUAUUUUUAAAAUUAUUUAUUUAAAUUAAA